UGGUGUUUGUUUUGUGUCAUUUAGAAUGAUUGUAAUUAAGAACGUGGGGUCUCAAACCCCGGUCAGGACUAAGAGACAGCGGGCGAACAGGAUCAAGUGGGGCUUCCUGUUGGGCCUGAUGGUGUUUAUCUAUGGUUCUCAUGCGCCGCUUAUCACUCUCACCAAAGUAGACGGUCAAGUCCCAUUCAACGCCGCCUCCUGCGUCCUCAUGAUUGAGCUGGCCAAGCUGCUCAUCUCCCUGCUGAGCCUCGUUUUCACAGGCUCCACAUCGAUACCGCGGUCUCCCCCACGUCUCAUUGCCCCUUACGCGAUCCCUGCUGUGCUGUACACCUUAAACAACAACCUGGUUGUCAUCAUGCAGGCCUACAUGGACCCAAGCUCAUUUCAAAUACUCUCUAAUCUGAAAAUAGCUUCGACCGCUCUGCUGUACUCCGCCUGUCUGGGGAAGAGGCUGCGGUCUAAGCAGUGGUUCGCCCUGGGGCUCCUCAUGGCUGCGGGGGGCUUCCACAGCUACAGCAGCCUGGAUCUACAAGGCCCUGAGACGAUUGAUGUCGAUGAAGGUCCCAGGCUACACAUCACUGCUUGGGGACUUUUCCUUGUGCUGGUUUACGCCGGUGUGUCUGGGCUGGCAGCAGUUUACACAGAGAGGGUGCUGAAGAGCCAAAGGUUGCCCCUCAGCGUACAGAACCUCUACCUCUAUAUGUUUGGAGUGGCAAUCAACGGGGUGUCCUCUCUCUCCUCCAUAGGAAGUGACCAAGAGUUUCUGGAGGGCUACUCGGGGGUGGUGUGGGCUAUCAUCGCAGGACAGGCAGCAAAUGGACUUCUGAUGUCUGUGGUGCUCAAACACGGUAGCGGCAUCACCAGACUGUUUGUCAUUUCCUGCUCCAUGCUGGUUAAUGCAGUGCUAUCCUGGGCCAUCUUAGGCUUACAGCUCACUGCUUUGUUUCCUCUACCUUGUACUCUGAUUGGCUUGGCAGCUUACCUUUAUUACGGAUAGCAGAGGGUUCAUUGGAGACCUGCGUGUUUGGCUUCAGAGGAGCUUCAACAAAGGCUGCCAAUUGUCCUUCACGUUUGAGAUUAUUUUACUGGUACUGUGCAAUUUAAAAGUAUCCAUUUCUCUCGAACACAUUUUAUCAAGUGAGUGGAAAAUGAUGUAAUGUUAUUAUACACAUAAAAUAUGAAAGGUAGGACUUUUGUUGGGGCAGCUGCAGCUCUUUUGGGGUUAUCAAGCAGUGCUACAUCUAGAAACACUUUUACUCUUCUCUAGUUGAAACUCACUCAGAUCAGAAGCAGAGCUUGCCACAAAUUAGGUCUGGACAUUGUUAUACAUAGGUUUGAGAUUUUAGUCCAGCUGGGAACCUCCUCUUCAGUCUCAGGUAUUGUAAAGCCUCUGACAGGCCUGGUAUGUUAUCUAAUUCCAUUUCAUUUUCACAAAAACUCUUAACCAUCAUCCCUGCUCCUACUAAAGCAUCACCAACAGUGUGGGUUACCAUGAGGAUCUUGUUUUAAAGCUGAUGUGCAAUCAUGGUGUUUGGCAAAUAAUCUUAUUUAACCAAAGCACCUUAAACAUGUUUGCUCUCUCUCCCAAGUGGCUUAUGUUAUACUUCGUAUAACUUUAUUUCAACAAUGACUCCUUCUGAAACUCUCUUGUAAAAUGGCCUGAUUUGCAAAGUGCAUGACAAAUCCUUUUAAUAGGUUGUUGCACCUGAGCUAUGGAUCCCUAUAGCUCCUCCAGAGUUACAAUGGGAUUCUAGACUGCUUUUCUGAUCAAAGUUCUGCUCCAUCAGACUUCCAAAACUUUAAUCUUCACACCGAGGUUGGUCCAUUGCUUAAAAUCCUAACAAAAUACAGACAUUGAAGCUGAUGUGUGAAAAAAUGUGGAGCAUCUUAAGGGAUAUAAGCACUUUUGCUGGGCAUUGUCUGGUUUGUGUUUUAUUUAGCCUUUAUGUUAUCUGCCUUCUAAAACUGAACUCCUUUAGUCCUUUACUUUAUUUACUGCAGAUGCAGACGUGUUAUCACUUAUACAUUUGAGAAGUGUCUCAAAGAACAAGCUGGCAAAAUGAAUCAAAUGUUGGGUUUUGUUUGCUACACAGUUACAUUGUUGCAGAGACAUGCUGCGAGGAUCCAUAAUCAUAAACCAAAUCAUCUUUAAAGCACAACAUCAGGGAUAAAAUGUUACAUGUUGCGUUUAUGACCAAUAAAGUUUCUGAAUCAUUUA